AUGGUUGUUUUUACUUGUGGCCACUGCGGAGAAUCAGUCCAAAAACCGAAAGUUGAAAAACACUAUUUGACAAAAUGCAGAAAUAGAAACCCUAACCUCUCUUGCAUGGAUUGUUUUAAAGACUUUUUAGGAAAUGACUAUGAAGCUCAUACAAAGUGUAUUACUGAAGAAGAACGCUAUUCUGGCAAAGGAUUUACUGCAAAGGAAAAAAAAGGUGAAAAGAAGCAAAAUGCUUGGGUGGAAAUGUUACAAUCUGUGUUAGAUGAACAGAAAAAUACAUCUAGAAAUGUUUUAAGAAUUAUUGAGACUAUAAGCAAGCAUAAUAACACACCAAGGAAGAAACCAAAAUUUAUUAACUUUGUAAAAAAUGUUUGUGGGCAAAAAACAAACCCUAAAGAUAUUGAUCAAGCUUGGGACUUAAUUUCAGUAAAGUUAACUGAGCUUUCAAAUAUGAAUGCGCAAAAUAGAAACCAAAGUCAAAAAGAUAAAGAUAAUGCAUCUGUGGAAAAUGGUUCUACAGAGGAAAAUAAUCAAAAUAGUGAAAGUCUAAAUGGUAAAUUAGAGAAUGGUAAUCAUGAAGAAGAUAAAGAAGAUGAAGAAAAAGAUACUGUCGCCGAAGAUAAAAGUGAAAUUCAAUCUGGAAAGGUAGAAAAUAACAAGCUUUCUAAGAAACAAAGAAAAGAGGAGAAAAAGCGUAAAAAAUAUGAAGCAGAAUUACUAAGUGCUGUGGCACCUCCAGAAGAACCAGAAGUUAAUGCUGAAACCGUUGUAUCUAAAAAGGGAAAGAAAAAGAAUAAGGAGAAUAUUAACGGGCAUGACCAAGAAUUAAAAGAAAAGAAACGUAAACGACAAGAUACUGUGACAACUUUAGAGGUACCAGAAGCUGUGCAGAAUAUAGAAAGUGAGACAUUAAAGGUAAAAGCCAGUAUGAAAAAGCUCAAAAUGGAGAAUGAGCUUGCUGCAGCUAAAGCGAAUGAAAAUAUCUGUCUUCAUGACCAAAAUGUUGCUCUAGGUGAGAGAGAAGUGCCUGAAAAUAAUGGUAUAUUUGACUGGCAUGCUGUUAUUAUUUCAAUUUUAGAGAAGAAAGGAAAUGAGUUACCUUUUAAGCGUUUGCAAAAGAAAGUUUUAUCUGAAUAUUCAGAAUUUACUGGUGAUGAGAUUGAUGACAGAAUUGCUGAUAAAUUUAUAAAGAAAUUGAGAAGCGCACCCAAAGUAAGGGUUGAUAAAAACAGGGUGUUACUGCUUGUUGAUGAGGAA